AAGACGGGCGAACCUGCAGCGUUAGUCCUCUUGGCCUAUCAAUAAACAAACAAUAUUAUGCAAUAAGUUCGAACUAUCGACGGUCUUGCCGCGAUUGGUAAGACGCUAUUCAACUGUCCUGAUACGAAUGAGAAACUCCAGUCACUGUCUGUAUGAUCUGACCAAUGCUUCUCGUAAUAGUAAUCUGCUUGAUAUUAGAAAUUCAGAAUCCAUGAGAUCCGAUGAUUGGUCGUGCAAUGCGAUUGGUGCAUAUGUAGCUGGGCUCCUUGCCUUCCCCAUAGCCUUGAUGAUCAGCCGCAGCUGAGAAUGGUUUGGCUAUCGUCAGAACGGCAGCCAAAAUGUAGAUCUAAAUUCCCCAUCUAAAGUGCUUC